CAGCGGCGCGGAUCGGAGCUGUGUCAUCCGCUUAGCGCCCUCGCAUCCCGCCCGCGCCCCCUCCCGCCGCCGCCGCCGCCCCCAUCGUCAGCUCCGCACUGGUCGUGCGCCCAGGGCAUGCUCCGCGCUCCGGAGCCCGGCCUCGGCUGCGGGGAGCCGCACCACCCGCCCGCAGAGACAUGGGGUGCGGCGCGCCGGCCGUCCUGGCCGUGUGGAUGCUGCUCCUCAGCCUGGGUCCCAAACAGCCCAGAUGGUGCGUGUCCCUGACAAGUCCAGCCCAGUCCGAGCCCACGGGAGGCGGUCGCCGCGGGACCUAGUGGCUCAGGCCAACUUCGCCCCCCACUUCUUCGACAACGGGGCGGGCAGCACCAACGGAAACAUGGCCCUGUUCAGCCUCCCGGAGGACACCCCGGUGGGCUCUCAUGUGUACACCCUGAAUGGAACAGACCCCGAGGGAGACCCCGUCUCCUACCACAUCAGCUUUAACCCCAGCGCUAGAAGCGUCUUUUCAGUUGACCCCAACUUGGGAAACAUCACCCUGAUUGAAGAGCUGGACAGGGAGAGGGAAGAUGAGAUUGAAGUCAUUAUCAGCAUUUCCGAUGGGCUGAACCUGGUGGCAGAAAAAGUCACGAUCCUAGUUACUGAUGCCAAUGAUGAGGCGCCCAGGUUUAUCCAGGAGCCCUACGUUGUCCAGGUUCCCGAGGACACACCUUCUGGGACCAGUAUCGCCAGGGUCCGUGCAGUGGACAGGGACACAGGCUCUGCAGGGAGCGUCACCUACUUCCUGAAGAAUCCGCACUCCUCCAAGUUCUCCGUGGACCACCACAGCGGUGUGCUGCGCCUCCAGGCCGGGGCCACCCUGGACUACGAGAAGGCCCGGGCCCACUUCAUCACUGUGGUUGCCAAGGAUGGCGGGGGAAAGCUGCGAGGGGCCGACGUGGUGCUCUCGGCCACCACCAUGGUCACGGUCAAUGUGGAGGAUGUGCAGGACAUGGCCCCUGUCUUCGUGGGCACGCCCUACUAUGGCUAUGUGUAUGAGGACACCCUUCCGGGCUCAGAGGUCUUGACGGUGGUUGCCAUGGAUGGAGAUCGGGGCAAACCCAACCGUGUUCUCUACAGCCUGGUGAAUGGGAGUGAUGGAACCUUUGAGAUUAAUGAGACGUCUGGAGCCAUCUCCGUGAUGCAGAGCCCUUCCCAGCUCCGGAGAGAGGUGUAUGAGCUGCAUGUUCAGGUGACUGAGGUCAGCUCUGCAGGGACUCCAGCUGCCCAGGCCAUGGUGCCUGUCACCAUCCGGAUCGUGGACCUCAACAACCAUCCACCGACAUUCUAUGGGGAGAGUGGACCCCAGAACAGAUUUGAGCUGUCCAUGUACGAGCACCCACCCCAGGGGGAGAUCCUUCGGGGCCUCAAGAUCACCGUCAAUGACUCAGACCAGGGAGCCAAUGCCAAAUUCAACCUGAGGCUGGUGGGACCUGGGGGCAUCUUCCGAGUGGUCCCGCAGACGGUCCUGAAUGAAGCCCAAGUCACGAUCAUUGUGGAGAACUCAGCCGCCAUUGACUUUGAAAAGUCCAAAGUGUUGACCUUCAAGCUCCUGGCCAUUGAAGUGAACACCCCAGAGAAGUUCAGCUCCACAGCAGAUGUCGUGAUCCAGCUCCUAGAUACCAAUGACAAUGUCCCCAAGUUCACCUCCCACUACUACGUCGCCAGGAUCCCUGAGAAUGCCCCAGGGGGCUCCAAUGUGUUGGCUGUCACAGCCAUGGAUCCAGACACAGGUCCCUGGGGUGAAGUCAAAUACUCCAUUUAUGGAUCUGGGGCAGACCUCUUCCUGAUCCACCCAUCCUCUGGGAUCAUCUACACCCAGCCCUGGGCCAGCCUGGAUGCUGAGGCCACUGCCAGAUACAACUUCUAUGUGAAGGCGGAGGACAUGGAGGGCAGGUACAGCCUGGCCGAGGUGUUCAUCACGCUGCUGGAUGUCAAUGACCACUACCCCCAGUUUGAAGAGAGCGUCCAGGAGAAGACAAUGGUGCUGGGGACCCCGGUGAAAAUUGAGGCCACAGACCAGGAUGCAGAGGAACCCAACAACCUGGUGGACUAUUCCAUCACCCACGCGGAGCCGGCCAAUGUCUUCGACAUCAAUGCACACACGGGGGAGAUCUGGCUCAAGAACUCCAUCCGAUCCCUGGAUGCCCUGCACAACAUCACUCCCAACGGGGACCUCACGUGGUCCCUAGAGGUGCAGGCCAAGGACCAUGGCUCCCCAUCCUUCAGCACCACGGCCUUGCUCAAGAUUGACAUCGUAGACACUGAGAUGCUGUCCCGAAGCCCCAUGGCUGCCUUCCUGAUGCAGACCAAAGACAACCCCAUGAAGGCCGUGGGCGUGCUGGCUGGCAUCAUGGCCGUCAUCGUGGCCAUAACCGUCCUCAUCUCCACCGCCACCUUCUGGCGCAACAAGAAGUCCAACAAGGUCCAGCCGGUGCGGCGAGUUCUCCGCAAGCGGCCCAGCCCUGCGCCCCGCAGCAUCCGCAUCCAGUGGCUUAAGUUCCGAAGGACCAAGGCCACUGACAAGUUUGUGCUCAAAGAGGCUCCUCCCAACGAGAACUGCAACAACAACAGCCGGGGAAGCACACCGCCCCCCCAGGCCCCCGCUCCCCCUCCACCGCCCAGCGCGGCACCCAGCGUGGGCCAGGCCCCCUGGACGGUGCCUACCGUCUCGGGCUCGCUCGCCCCUCAGCAACCCCAACAACCAUCACCAAAACCCAGGGCCGUGGCAAAACGCAAGGCCGUGGGAAGCCCCGUCCAGUCAGCUCUGGUCUCUGAGCUCAGGCAAAAGUUCGAGAAGAAGAAUGUACAGAGCAAAGCUUACUUCUAGACUGUGUCCUGUGGCCCCCCUCUCCCCACUCCAGUUGCCCUGAUGCCUGGGCCACGCUCCUCAACUCUGCUCCUUAGGGUCACCCCUGUUUUGUACAAUGGUGUAACCCCCAUAACCAGGGCUCUGGACAAUGCCUUGGGCAUUUAUUCCUCUGGUUACGACUGCAAUUGGGAAAUACUUCCCCAUCACACAGCUCCUCGGCACAUGGGCAACACUCUGCGCAGCAGAGACUGGGCGGCAACAAGGAACCGGAUUGAUGUCUUCUACCCUCCAACUCCAAACCUCACAGUGUCACUUGGGUCCUGCGGGGGCCUCAGCUUUCCUAGUUCGGGAGCAGAGCCCAGGCCACAUGUGACAAGGUUGACUAGCGCCUGGAUCCUGAAGCCUCCAGCUAAGAGCAGGAGCAGGAAAAGGUUCGGGGGCUGACUAAGGCUGAGGGUCAGCGAACCUUGCAGGAAGCCAAAUGCAGCUAGAGAGGGCAAGGAUGCACUGAAAACUCUUGCCGACUGUGGGCCUGUGCCUACAAGCCAUUGGAAGGUGGAGGAUGGGGUCUGGGCAGAGACUGUGAGCCCCUGCUAUGCCCACUCGGGACCAGGGACCCAGAGGUAUGAGAGGGACUCCGUGGGAGUGAGGGCAGCUGCCCCAGCCAGGGCUGCCCUGGGCCCAGAGAUGGCUGGAGCCAAGCUGGUUGCCCCAGAGACAUCCCCAGGAGCAACGGGUACCCUUAGGAGCUGUCCCACUCGAAGUCCUUGAGGAGACAGAGCAGGGCUGAGAUCUGGGGAGACUUCUGUUUUUAUCCAGCUCUUCUGCUCACGUGCGAUAACCUUGGGAAAGCUCAUCCUCUUUCUCAUCUGGAAAAUGAAGAAAGUGAAUCAGCCUUAUUCACAGGUCUGGGGUGAGGAUCAAAGCAAGUAGUAGUGAUGAGGGCUUUAACCAAGUGCAAAACAGCACAAAUAGGAAGUAUUUUUCCCCUGGCCAGUUCUCCAGGGUACAGCUCUUCCGCAAAGUAUUAGGAGCCUCCCAGCUGUUCUGCCAAGCACCCCCAGGAGGCGCUGUGCUAGGGGUAGGGUGCUGCCACUGAUCCGAGAUGGCUGGAGCUGGACCAUGGCAUAGCUUCCCUUCCACAUCUCCUCCCCACCCCCACCUCCCCCCAACUACAUUCCCCAUGCAGCCCAGGCCAGCCACUGUCAGAAAGGACCAGAGCUGGGCCACACAGCCAGCCGAAGCUCCAUCUUGCCAAGAUGAUGAAAAUGAGUUCCCAAGACGGAGGGUGAUCACCAGAGGUCACAGAAGUUUGGCAGCAGGAGCCUGAUUUGAGGGCUCUGGGCUCCUUAGCGUGUCCCUCUAGUUGGGCCACACCUCCUCUGCUUGUGACCACCGCCCCCAGCAGAGACGACGUGCAAGCUUCUGUUAAUGCAAAGAAGUUCCAUCUGACUUUAAGGACACUUGCCAAGAGGAAAUACAGAUAUGUGCCUAGAGAGAGAAACAGAACAGUUCUUUGCAUUUCACCCCACUCGCUAAUAACCCCUCUAGGAUAUGUCUGUGAAUUUAACCACAGAUUGUAUGCAUAUGUAGUUUUCUUGAUUUCUGAGUUGAUGUUUGGAGGUGUUACUCAGAUGUGCUGGUGUGCAGGCUCCUUGCUGGGGUUUCUUCGGUCCACAACCCACGCUAUAUUAACAGCUGGGCUCUAACAAACUAGGAGCCCUGGCUGAACAAAUGGGUAUGGGUUUCAAGACUAGGUUGGAUCAUGUUUGUCCUUCACAAGGAAUGCAGCAUCCUUACAACUUGCAUGCGGUCAACCUUUUUUGUAAAUAAUCAAUAAAAUCUGUUAACCAAAAGC